GCGCUGGUGGCUUGCAGACUCUUUGACUCGCUUGCACACGAUGCCUCGCAUAAUUAUUUGGAGCUGGAAAUCUGCGAAGAAUUGAGGAGGAACAGCGAAGAAUUUCGCGAGUUGUCGAUUGAAGCUCUACAGUACUGUACUGAACAGGACAAGGACAUCACUCUGCAACUUCUCACCUAUGAAUUGACGAAUUGGGGAAACGAGACCUGCCUUUCAUUAGCUGCUCUGAACAACAAUCGACAAUUUUUGGCUCAUCCAUGCUGUCAACUUCUUCUCUCGGAUCUCUGGCAAGGUGGACUUCACAUGAGAAACAAUGCCAACCUCAAGGUCCUCGGCUCCUUACUUAUGCCGGCCAUGAUCUUCAUGAUGGAAUACAAGACGAAGGAGGAGCUGAUGCUCCAACCCCAUACAUUUGCUGAACAUCUCGAAGAGAAUUCGGACAGUGAUUCUUCGCUCAGUGACGACACCAGUUUCAGUGACAGUAGCUCCAGCGAGACUGAGGAG